CUUGGUGGUACCGUCGGUGAUAUAGAAAGUAUGCCGUUUGUUGAAGCAUUCCGACAGUUCCAGUUCCGCGCAAAGCGCGAAAAUUUCAUGAGCGUGCACGUUAGCCUUGUACCUGAACUUAACAACGGCGAGCAAAAGACGAAGCCAACGCAGCACAGCGUCCGUGAAUUACGGGGCUUGGGAAUUUCACCAGACCUUAUCAUAUGUCGCAGCCAGACUCUGCUCUCACCCAGUGUCAAGAACAAAAUCUCAAACUUCUGCCACGUCACUCCGUCGCAGGUUGUGUCUGUGCAGGACGUAGCGAACAUUUACUACGUUCCUUUGCUCUUGGAAAAGCAGCACACUCAUGAAAUGAUCUACGAGCGCCUUCACAUUACGCCACGAAGUGCUGAUACGAAUGUACUGAGUCCUUGGAAAGAAAUUGCAUUCCGUUGUGCCCAUGCGCAAAAGGAAGUUCGAGUCGCGCUCGUUGGCAAAUACACGCAGUUCAUGGAUGCCUACACCUCGGUUGUCAAAGCUUUAGAACAUUCCGCUCUUGCCUUCAAUCGCAGACUGAUCUUACAGAGUAUCAACUCUGAACUUUUGAAGCCACCUGCAGAGGCCGCGGAUAACGAACACGUCGAUAACAUGUGGAAUAUGUUGAAGAGUUGCGACGCUGUUUUGGUGCCUGGUGGUUUCGGUGAACGAGGCAUCGAUGGAAUACUGUUGGCGUGCGAAUGGGCUCGCCUAAAUGCAAAGCCAUUUUUAGGUUAUAUUUUGGCAAUGGCGUCUUUUGUUAAUGUAUGUGUUUACGCUUAUGCAUUUGUAGGAGUUUGCCUUGGCAUGCAGUGUGCGGUAAUCGACUUUGCGCGCUCCGUCUUGCAUUUGGAAAAUGCGAAUUCUACGGAGUUCGAUCCAACUACGCCUUACCCGGUCGUUAUUGAUAUGCCAGAACACAACACUGGUCAAAUGGGUGGAACCAUGCGGCUUGGACUCAGAAAAACGCUCUUCAGAUAUGAGGAUUCCAUCGUUGCGAAGUUGUACGGCAAUCCAGCAUUCAUAGAAGAAAGGCACAGACAUCGAUAUGAGGUGAAUCCGAAAUUCUUGAAGCAGCUGGAGGACCAAGGUUUAAAGUUUGUCGGUCAAGACGUUAAUGGACAACGCAUGGAAGUUUGCGAAUUGACAGGUCAUCCAUAUUUUGUUGGUGUUCAGUUUCAUCCGGAGUACUUGUCGCAUCCGCUUAAACCGAGUCCUCCGUACCAAGGCCUUAUCUCGGCGGCUUGUGGUCAGCUUGAGGACAACACGUUACACGCCACCGAUUCUUCUUCGUCACUUCACGUCGACAUGUUACAACAAGAAGGCCAUUCAAAAGUAUGCAGCGACAUGGAACAAAUUAUAAUGGAGAAGAUUCUGAAGCCGAACUGCCAGAACCAUAUGUUUACAGAAUCAGAAGACGUCGCGGUUGUUUCAUAGCG